AUGAUCAUCCGUGAGUGUUCUCUAGCGCUAGUACUGUUGGUUAGCGCCUGGGCGUUCCCCAAACCUCCUCGAACCAUACCGCCCGCGAACCCCAGCGACCCUGACCGUCUGCCGGAUGGCAUACAAAAACGAGUUCUCGUUCUAGGUGGCGGCCUAGCAGGCCUCUCAGCUGCACUAGAGCUCGCGGAACGUGGCUAUGACGUCACAGUUAAGGAGAAGAGUGACGUGUUCGGCGGGAAAUUGUUUACCAGAAGGGUUGACCUACCAGGGCUUGGAGCUUUUGAUGUCGAGCAUGGCUUUCAUGCAUGGUUCUUUAAUUACCAUCAAUUCAAAGAUAUUCGCCGUCGUCUGAAAAUCGACAACAAUUUUCGCGUAUGGAAGGCCGUUCACUACAUCUUCUUGGACUACAAGCCGGAGACGAUUUACAGCGAGGGACCUUAUCCCCUUAACCUACUAGGCAUUAUCAGUAGGAGUCCCAAUAUCAAACUGACGGACGCUAUUCUCUCCAGUCUAAUGUUGCCAGAUCUGGAUUUCUUCGACUACGACACAGUGUAUCAAAAGUAUGAUAACAUAACAUUUGACCAGUGGGCCACCAUGCGUGGCGUGCAACGAGAUCUGAACGAUAUUCUCCUUCGUCCCGCCCUCUCUGUGACCUUGAACGAACCCAGGGCCAUCAGUGCAGCUGAGAUGCUCAUGUACAUGCAGCUCUAUUUCCUGACCAAUGCGGAGGCUGACCACCGCGAGGUGACCAUAUACAGCUUUGGGAAAGCCAUCCUGCAGCCCUGGCUUGAUCGGCUGUCCGAGCUCCAUGUGGAGUUGCAUUCCAACUAUUCAGUUGAGCGUCUAACCAUAAGUGACCAAGGACAGGUGACCGGUGAUAGCAAGGACGCUGUCGUGUAUGAUCACGUGGUUUCAGCGAUGGACAUCGUGGGCACGCAAAGCGUUCUGAAUGCGACUUUGUCUUAUUACGGCAAUAAACCCAUAAUAACGGAUAGUCUGUCUAAACUAUGGAGUAAAGUGUCUCGCAUGAAGUUAGCCCCACCUUAUAAGGUUCUCCGUGUUUGGUUCGACAAGCAGCUCAACGCGUCCACACCAGAUAUUCUCGAGACUCCCCAACACACCCCAGUCAACCUCGUGGCGCAGUACCACCGCCUGGAACAAGAGGCCAGCGCCUGGGCCAACAAGACCGGUGGUUCUGUACUGGAAUUCCACCUUUACAAAUGGGCGCACGGCGACGUUACAGACGAUCAAGUGUGGACAAUAAUUUCUCCCACGGUGAAGCUGAUUUAUCCAGAGAUUUUCGAAAGGAUGUUCAAUAUUUUAGGCUACCAUGUCAACUCGUUUGAGAACUUUUCAUCUUUUGAACUCAACUUGCAGAUGUUCCGGCCUAAUUCGUCAUUCCCAAUGGAAUGUGGUCUGCCAAAUUUGCAUCUUGCCGGUGAUUGGUUAAAAACGGCGUAUCCUUCCGCGUUGAUGGAGAGGGCGGUGUCAACAGGCCGAGAGGCAGCCAACCAGAUAUUACUAUCUGAUCGCGUGAAACAAGUAGAGCUCAUCGUGACAUCUUCUAAGGGUCCAGGAAUACUGUAA